AUGACCGCUGCUUCCAUCUCCGCCACCACACCGAACACGGGCGAGGUAGCGACCAUGAUCUCCGCCACCAUGCCGGCGAAGAGGAAGCGGGGGAGCGUCAACACCUCGUCCCGGGCACCAGCGGGCACCCCGACAGCCUCGGCAGCGACCCUCGCCGUGCCGGCGAAGGGCCGCACCAACUACACCAAAACAAAGUCUGCGGGGCCGAGGGCAGCUCCGGCGGUCAAGGCGAAGAAGCCGGUGGCCCGUGUCGGUCUCGCCGCCCCGCCGUCCAAGACCGCGGCACCUCCUCCUGUCGUUCCGUCUCCGCCGCCCAUGGCCUCCGCCGACGCCGAAAGGGCGGUCAGGGAUGCGCCCACGGAGGAAUUCAUGAACGUCCUCAACGGUUCCGCCGUGGACGGUUAUAAUUGCAUCCCUACGUUCGACGAACCGGUCCAUAUCGAGGUGAGUCUCCGAUGA